AUGGCAUGAAGGAAGCAGACGGCGCGGAAGUCCAUCGGCGGCAAAGCACCUCGCAAACAACUAGCUACCAAAGUAGCUCAGAAGAGCGCGCCAGCCACCAGGGGCGUGAAGAAGCCGCACAGGUGCUGGCCGGGCACUGUAGCACUGCGCGAGAUUCGUCGCUACCGGAAGUCCCCAGAACUUCUGAUUGGUAAGUUAACUUUCCAGCGCCUGGUCCAGGAGAUUGCGCAGGACUUUAAGAUGGACCUGCGUUUUCAGAGCUCGGCUGUAAGGGCACUGCAGGAAGUCUGUGAGGCAUACCUGGUGGGUCUUUUUAAAGACACUCACCUAUGUGCCAACCGUGUCACUAUUAUGCUCAAGGAUAUUCAGCUGGCACGCCGUAUCCAUGGAAAAUGUGCCUAA